CCUUCCCUUCGCUGCAUCCGCUUGCUGCGAAAACGACUCCCCAACCCACUUUCUACCCCAUCUUUUCUCUUCAAAACUCGUAUGAGACUUUGACUUUUCAACUCUCGUUUCCUGCUUGCGUUUUGUUUCUUUGUUGCAGAUCAGCAAAUUCAACUCAGGGAAGCUUUCAGAUCACAUAUUCUUGGUUCCAUCAAGCUGAUCUGGAAAUCAAAUUAAUAUAAGAAAUCAAAUUGGUGGAGGAAGUUAAAUUAGGGCUGAUCCUUGGAACUAGAUUGGUGGGGUUAAUUUUGGAGAGAUAGAUAGAGAAGGGUGAGGUUAGAUCUACAUUAUACCUGGAGCUAUGUCUUUCAUUGGUACCCAGCAGAAAUGCAAGGCUUGUGAGAAGACAGUGUAUCCGGUGGAACUUCUCUCAGCAGAUGGGGUUUCAUACCAUAAGUCCUGCUUCAAGUGCUCUCACUGCAAAGGGACCUUAAAGCUGAGCAAUUAUUCUUCCAUGGAAGGUGUUCUGUAUUGCAAGCCUCACUAUGAGCAGCUCUUCAAGGAGACUGGUAGUUUCAACAAGAAUUUUCAGUCACCUGUAAAGUCAGCUGAGAAGUUAACUCCGGAACUGACGAGGUCACCUAGCAAAGCUGCCAGCAUGUUUUCUGGGACACAAGACAAAUGUGCUACUUGUGGGAAGACUGCUUAUCCACUAGAGAAGGUAACCGUGGAGGGGCAGUCGUAUCAUAAAUCAUGUUUCAAGUGCUCUCAUGGUGGUUGCUCUAUAAGCCCAUCAAACUAUGCAGCCCUUGAGGGGAUUUUGUAUUGCAAACACCAUUUCUCCCAGCUUUUCAGGGAGAAAGGAAGCUACAACCAUCUUAUAAAGUCUGCAUCAAUCAAACGCGCACCAGCCUCUGUUCCAGAUGCUUGAAUACCUUAUUUAUUUAUCCAUGUAUGUGUGGCUUUCUUUUCCACUUUGCUGGUGUGAUUUCCCAUGUAAGCUCUGAUUCUUACCUGGGAACCAUACCUAAAGAAAGCCUCAUUAUUUUACUUCUGACUUUUUAUGUUUGUCGUAUGUUCUUGGUGUUGAUUGAUCUACAGGUGUGCUUUCCCCUAGUUGUAAAUGACCUCUAAGUGACAAAGUCAUACGCAAAGGGGAUCAUUUCUAUCAGUUUCCGAUUUCACCUUCAUGACGAACAUUAUCUUGUUUGAAAUGGCAAUACUUUUUCCUGGGUGUUUUUACUGUUAUACUUAGCACUUAUCUUCUUUUCUUCAUUGUCAUGGAAUGAAGCACUGGUAUAAAA